UGGCCCCUGGACUCUUCAGCAUGUGCCGGCUGGGAGGGCGCGUGGGGCCCCACUGCCGGGCCCGGGGCUGCCGGCUGCGAGGCACGGGGCUGCUGCUGCUCGCCUACCUGGCUUACCUGGUGCUGGGCACCUGCGUGUUCUGGGCACUGGAGGGCCGCGCCAUCCAGGACUCCAGCCACAGCUUCCAGCAGGACAAGUGGCAUCUCCUACAGAACUACACGUGUCUGGACAGCCCGGCGCUGGACCUGCUGAUCCGGGACAUCAUCCGAGCAUACAAAGCGGGGGCCCACCUCCUGGGCAACACCACCAGCAUGGGGCGCUGGGAGUUCAUGGGGUCCUUCUUCUUCUCUGUAUCCACCAUCACCACCAUCGGCUACGGCAACCUGAGCCCCCAGACCAUGGCCGCCCGCCUCUUCUGCGUCUUCUUCGCGCUGGUGGGGAUCCCGCUCAACCUGGUGGUGCUCAACCGGCUGGGGCGCCUCAUGCAGCGGGGCGUCCACCGCUGCGCCCGCCGCCUGGGGGGCCGCGGGCAGGACCCCGCCGAGGCCCGGUGGCUGGCGGGCGCGGGCGCGCUGCUGUCCGGCCUGCUGCUGUUCCUGCUGCUGCCCCCGCUGCUGUUCUCGCGCAUGGAGGGCUGGAGCUACCUGGAGAGCUUCUACUUCGCCUUCGUCACGCUCAGCACCGUGGGCUUCGGCGACUACGUGAUUGGGAUGGACCCCUCCCGUCGAUACCCGUUGUGGUACAAGAACGUCGUGUCGCUGUGGAUCCUAUUCGGCAUGGCGUGGCUGGCUCUCAUCAUCAAGCUGAUCCUGUCCCUGCUGGAGACCCCGGGCAAGGAAUGCUCCUGUUUCCACCACAGCCCCAACGGGGCCCCCAGCUCCCCAAGCUGGAGGCAGGGCCCAGAGAGGGCGCCGCGGCCCCACUGUGCACAGCUAGGCUGCUACCCGGAGGGGUCUGGGGGAGUCACACAGCGUCUGGAACCUUCCGCUCAGGUUGCACGCUGUGGCACAGACAGCUGAGGGCAAGGGACCCAUCCAGACGCUUAUUUUCUGCCUCACCCUUUGCAGACGUGCAACUUAAUGAUUUAACUCCCACCCCAUGCAUGCAGAGGCAUGCAUAUCCCACGUGACUCAUGAGAUUGAGACUUUGGGGGAUGGAGCAUGCCCUUCCUUCUUCCCCUAUGUCCUUCCUCUAACUGCAAUGCCAGCAUGAUGACUGGAGCUCCAGCAGCCAUAUUGUGCCAUGAGGUAGACACCAGGCCUGAGAUUUGUGCUACAGUAACAGGUAGAGCCCACACUUCCAAUGACCCCAGAGCCAUCCUGGAUCCCAUGUGACUUCCUUUAUGUAAGAGACAAAUAAAUGCCUUACUGAA